AUUAUUAUCUUCGUUCUUUCUUUCACAUUUACACGCCCCCUAGCAGCAAAUACAGAGAGAGAAAAAAAAAAGGAAGAGCUGGAAAUAUCCCGUUGAGUAUUCUGAAUAUCUCAUCUCUGUGUCUCUGCCUCUGCCUUCUUUUGCCAAAAGCAAAAGAAAAAAGGUUUUGAUUCUUCAUACUUGAGUCGCCAGAGCUUUUCCGAGUACUUCCUGGAAAAACAUGAGUUCGGCGAGUGAAGUCACGGCUCCUAUUCGUCGAGUUCUUCUCAUCUCUGCUGGUGCCAGUCACUCUGUUGCUCUUCUUUCUGGAAAUAUUGUUUGCUCAUGGGGGAGAGGAGAGGAUGGCCAGUUAGGCCAUGGAGAUGCUGAAGAUCGGCUUUCUCCUACAAAAUUGAGUGCACUAGAUGGUCAUGAAAUAGUUUCUGUUACCUGUGGAGCUGAUCAUACAAUAGCAUUCUCCGAUAAACAUAUGGAGGUUUAUAGCUGGGGAUGGGGUGAUUUUGGGAGGUUGGGUCAUGGCAACUCUAGUGACUUGUUCACUCCUCAACCAAUCAAAGCACUAAAUGGUCUACCGAUAAAGCAAAUUGCUUGUGGGGAUAGCCACUGUUUGGCAGUGAGCAUGGAAGGCGAGGUGCAAAGCUGGGGGCGGAAUCAAAAUGGUCAACUUGGUCUUGGCACAACAGAGGACUCUCUGGUGCCUCAAAAAAUUCAAGCCUUUCAGGGAAUACGAAUCAAGAUGGUUGCUGCUGGUGCUGAACAUACUGCAGCUGUUACGGAAGAUGGAGAGCUUUAUGGAUGGGGCUGGGGGAGAUAUGGAAACUUGGGUUUAGGUGACAGAAACGAUCGCUUAAUUCCUGAGAAAGUUUCUGCAACUGAUUUUCAGGGAGAGAAAAUGGUUAUGGUGGCCUGUGGGUGGCGACAUACAAUAUCUGUUUCAUCUUCGGGUGGAUUGUACACUUAUGGGUGGAGCAAAUAUGGUCAACUAGGGCAUGGUGACUUCGAGGACCAUCUUGUUCCUCAUAAGCUUGAAGCUUUGAGUAAGAGUUUUAUUUCUCAGAUUGCUGGGGGUUGGAGACACACUAUGGCGCUCACGUCUGAUGGAAAACUUUAUGGCUGGGGAUGGAACAAGUUUGGACAGGUUGGAGUUGGAGAUGAUGUCGAUCAUUGCUCUCCUGUGCAAGUUAAAUUUCCCCAUGACCAGAAAGUAGCACAGAUCUCAUGUGGAUGGAGGCAUACUGUGGCUGUUACUGAACAACAAAAUGUAUUUUCUUGGGGAAGAGGUACAAAUGGACAGCUUGGGCAUGGGGAAUCUAUUGACAGAAAUACUCCAAAGAUAAUAGAAGCUUUGAGUGUAGAUGGAUCUAGUGGGCAGCAAAUAGAAUCCUCAAAGAUCGAUCCAACAUCAGGGAGAACCUGGAUCUCACCAUCUGAGAGAUAUGCAGUUGUUCCUGAUGAAAGAGGGCAAUCUGAUAUUUCAGUUGGUGGCAAUGGGAAUGAUGCGAAUGUACCUGAAAAUGAUGUGAAACGAAUAAAGGUUUGAUAUACACGACUCAGAUGUGAGAGGAGUAACAUAUUCUGGCCUCUGACCAUCAAGCUUGUAUUGAGUUAGGCAGGUCUUGUUCUUAUUUUCAAUAGGUCCGAAUCCUUCUAUUGUAAAUUCGUGAAACUUGUUGGAAAAGUAGGCAUGGGCUAGGGAUUGGGUGUUGAGAAGGAGAACGCUUAUAAUCUUAUUCUAUGUGAAGAUGGAAUCCAUCAGGCACUACUAACUAUUCCUGAUAACAACUUUUAUGCUGUGCUAUGUCUUGUGAUCUUGUAUUAUUAGUUGUAGAAGGGAAUAAGGGGGUUAUGUUCAUGGAAUGAUAAUCCAUUGAGAAGGGAGAUAAUUACCCUUUUUCUUUUCCGGUGCCUAACAUGUUAUUGUGUUCUCAAUCAAAUGCACCGUGCUCUA